AUGAAAUUACCAAUUACAUCACUCGUUAUUAUUGCUGUCGGUUUUGGACUUUUUGGCUGGAUCAAUGCAACACCCUUGAGUACUGUUGAUUCAGUGGAAAAUUUUUCAAAGGAAACAUCGACAUCAUCAGAUAAUUUUUUAGUAUACGUAAAUUCAAGUGGAUUAUUUACACUUCCAUUUUCUAAAAAAAAUAAAAAUUUAUCAGAAAUUGAAAUAACUGACUCUUCAAGCUUUUCUGGUACAUUUGAUAGUAAAAAUUCCCACAAUAAAGAAUUUACUAUUAGUUGUGCAAAUAAUAAUAUUUAUAUUUUAAAAAAAUCAAAAGAAGAUGAAAGAAAAGUUCUCGAUAUAAUAAAUUACAAUGAUAAUAAUGAAUUUAAAAGAAUUAAUCAAGUCUCUGAUAUGUUUAAUAAUGCAACAUCAAUAGCAUCAGAUAGGAAAACAGGAAAUAUUUAUUGGAUUGAAUGUAACAAUAAAAAACAAUAUUCAAUUAAAGUUACAAAUGAAUCAUUUAAAGAAUCAAAAUAUAUUAUUAAUCCACGUAAAGAAAUUGCUAUGAGUGUAAUACAUAUUUAUCCAAAACGAGACGAAAUAUUUUUUGCACAUACUGAAUUAUGGUAUUAUUCAAAUUAUUCAACAUCAUUUAAUCAUCGUCCACAAGGUCUUUUUGAUGGAUUAAGAGACGAAAUUUUUGUUGAUUUUGCAAUUGAUUAUGUACUUGAUAAAUUAUGCUGGAUUGCUUUGAAUUAUGAAAAUUCUGAAUUGAAUUGUGUUGACAUCAGUACUUCUUCACGACCAAUAAAUUCACAAGACGUUGUUUUUAUCAAGGAGAUUCCAAAUUUUGCUACUAAUUUAGCAGUAUUUAAUAAUACAUUUUACUGGAUUGCAUAUGAGAGAAAUGAGGGAGUAUUGUAUUUUUACAAUGGCCAAGAUGAACCUGUUAAAGUAGUUGGUUCAAAUCAAAAUGAUAGAUUAUCAUUUCUUUCUUCAGAUUGUUCACAUUAA